AUGGAGGACAUGAAUUUUGAGCUCGUGCAAGCACUAUUGAAGAUCCCCGGUUUGGGGAACUCUUAUUGUGGUGUUAUAUUCAUCCUUGAUAAGGUCAUGUCAGCUUGCUUACAACCGAAUAGUUUGCAAGGAAGAUAUGCGUUGGAGCCUGAUAUUACUACACUCAGUAAAUACAUCGGUGGCGGAGUUGUAGUUGGCGGUUUGGUGGCCGCGAGUGGCUUCUUUCAGUAUAUGAUCCAUGUAUGGCGAGAAGCAUUCCGCAUUCGGACACCAUCAACACCCUUGAUCCCCAAAACCUAUCCCAGGCGCUAG